AACUCAUAUCUCCCUCCUUCGUUUCUCACCUCUGGCAGGCGUCACUCCCUACCUACUAUCAGCCAUCACUCUCCGCGAGACCAAGUUCCUCACCACAGCUCAAGUCCAUCUAAUUCUAUUUACGAGCUCGACGAAGCAAAAACACAAUGUCUGACGGGCUCAACGAAUACCGCACGGCGCGCGUGGCCGAGCUGCUGGCCGACUUCCGCACGCUCCAAUACCACAUCGCGGCGGCGCCCUGCAACCCGCCCAACAUGGACGACUACUACACCGAGGGUUGGGCGGCACUCCGGCAGUGCGCGCUCGACGGGCAGCACAUCCUCAACUGCGCGGCCGACGUGACGGUGCCGAGCGCCGCGGGCGGGCCGGACGAGCAGGCCAAGGCGGAGCUGAAGCAAGUCCAUCUCGACGCGUACGCGCGCAGGCACGAGGGACAAAAGAUCUACCUCCGCCAGGCGGCGGCGCAGCGCUGGAUCGAAUGGCGGGACCAGAUCCUCGCGGGCGGCAGGCCGCACCCGGGGAACCAGGCACAGCUGCGGGCGGUCGACCAGCAGCUGCGGGAUGAACUCGCCGCCAUCACCGACGAGUUCGUCUACGCGGACCUGCAAGCCUCCGACAUGAGCAUGGGCCGCUGGACGGCCGAGGACCCGAGCCUGCGUGCGGUGCAGCGCUGGCUGCGGUCCAGGAGACGCUAAAAGCACACGAUGAUGCCAACGAUACCACCAGUGCGAAGACGCGCCCCGACGAACCAUCACGACCGUUACGAGAACAUCCGUCGGCGCGGAUCCAGGGGCAACACGCACGACGCACUAUUCUUCCAGCACCUCUUCUCGCGCGGUGACGGCGGCCCCAGCCACGAUCGCCUCUAAUAGUGACACUCAUCCAUCCUUCGUAUACCCCUUUCUCGAAGCACCUUCCUUUCUGUCGACGAUGCGGGGAUCAUCACCAUCAAUCUUCGGCCUUCCUCUUCCGGGCUUUCCCUCUUUCCUCAGGGUAUCAUUCGUUAGGAGUGCACGGGACACGGCAUUGGCAAAAGGGAUGAUUUGGGCUAGAACCGGUUUUAUUUCUUGGUUUUACAGGGAUACCA